AUGGAGGAGUACCAUCGCCACUGUGAGGAGGUUGGCUUCAAUGUGGAUGAAGCCCACAGCCUUGUUAAAGAGUGUAUAGAUGGAGUUUUGGGUGGUGAAGAUUAUAAUCAGAACAACAUCAACCAAUGGACUGCAAGUAUCGUGGAACAAUCCUUAGCACAUUUGGUCAAAUUAGGAAAAGCUUAUAAAUAUAUUGUGACCUGUGCCGUGGUCCAGAGGAGUGCAUAUGGCUUUCAUACAGCUAGUUCAUGCUUUUGGGAUACCACAUCUGAUGGAACCUGUACCGUAAGAUGGGAGAACCGAACCAUGAACUGUAUCGUCAAUGUUUUUGCCAUUGCUAUUGUCCUGUGA